AUGUUCUCCCACAUUUACAAGAUCUGGGAGAUUGUGGAUGGGCUGUGCCUGGAGGUGGAGGGGAAGAUGGUAAGGAGGACAGAAGGUAACAUUGAUGACUCGCUCAUUGGUGGAAAUGCCUCCGCUGAAGGCACUGAAAGCAAAGGUACGGAAAGCACAGUAAUCACUGGUAUGCAUACUGUCAUGAACCAUCAUCUGCAGGAAACAAGCUUCACAAAAGCAAGGGCUGCAGAACAAAUCAAGCACAUUCUUGCUAAUUUCAAAAGCUACCAGUUCUUUAUGGGUGAAAACAUGAAUCCAGAUGGCAUGGUUGCUCCACAGGACUACGGUGAGGUUGGCGUAACCCAUGUGUGA